CUUUUUCUUUCUUUUUGACGUAUAAUAAUUGCAAUUACUGCCUAACCGGCUUCAAUCUCUGGUUUAUUUAGUCAUCUCUAAACCGCCGAGUUAUCUGAUUAAACCAGAAAAAAUAGAGAUCAUAACCAAAAAUCAACAUUGAAUUUGAAAAUUGUAUCUCAGAAGAUUAUAUUAAUUUAAUAAACUUUUGAAAAGAUAAAUGUUGAAGAAAAUGGAAAAUCCUAUUAACGGUUGGAAACAGAAACAAAAGAAAAGGAAAGUUUGAAGAGGCUUGAGUUUCAAGUAAAUAAACGUGUGUUAGAGAAACAAAAGCAAAUCUAUCAGAGGAUUUGGUUUACGAUACUCUCUCUCUCUUUAUAUAUGUAAACACACGUAAGAUCACUCUUUAACAAACCAAUCUUUCUCUCUACAUUCGUCGCUUACAAACCCUAUUUUCUCAGUCGAGAAAGAGAGAGAGAAGGAUGGAGAAGCAUGAGUUCUUAGAACUGUUUGAAGCUGCAACCAAAGCUGCAAAAUCUGCUGCGAGAGGAGACGGUAAGAAUUCUUCUCCAGCGGUCUCUAGGUGUGUCGACGCUAUGGUUCGUUUGAGAGAAGCUCCCGAGUCUCUUGCUUGCGAGUUGGUUGUCGAUCGCAAAUACCCUCAAAUUGGAAAGAGUCACGGCCUUUUCACGGAGCACAAAAACCCUAGAAUCCAAUCCGAGGGAAAGAUUCUUUACUCUCUUUGGCUCAGAUAUCUCUACGCAACUGGAAGGAAAGCGAGCUCACGACCUCGUGAUCGGACGGUGGUGAAGAAUAAGAAGAAGCUUGUGGAGGAGGAGAUGAUUUCGACGACGACGACGGGGGAUUCUAACCGAGACAAAGUGCGUGAGAUUCUUCACAAGUCCUUGUCUAAAGUGGCUGUUGAGAUGAAGGAAGGAGUGGUUUCUUGCGAUUCUUGGAGUGUGGCUGCUUCGGUUGAAUCUGCUAUGUUUGAGAUACUAGGUUCUUUCGAGGGGACUCAAAAAGCAAAGUACAGAUCCAUUCUUUUUAACAUGGGAGAUAGCAGCAACCCAGACUUGAGAAGGAAAGUGAUGUUAGGUGAGAUCAGUGGAGAAAGACUGGUUACGAUGGAGAAAGAAGAGAUGGCUAGCAACAAGAUUCAGUUUCAAGUUCAAAACAUAAAAGAGAAAGCCAGAGCUAGGGAAGAGAAUCGAGUAAAGAGUAUGAUGCUGUUUCAGUCAGACAGUGUGAUCAUGACUUAAGCACAAAAUAUAGAUUCUCAGUUUAUUAUUAAAUAUAUAAUAAUUAGUCUCUUAUCUUGGUGGUCUCAAUAGUGCUGUUCGUUUCGUCGCCGCAGGUUCUUGCGGCUGCGGCUGCGGCGAUUUUUUUCAAAAAUCUUGUUCGUUUGAUUGACGCAGGCACCUGCGUCUAACCGCCGCGUCUGACGCCGAGUGUUGCGUCUGCCGCCGAAAAAUCCCGCGAUCGCGACUUAAAUCGUGCGUUGACUUAAGAUAUUUACAUUUUUGCCCCUAAUAUAAUUCAGUAUUUACAAAUAUACCUAACCCUAAUAGCCGCAGACGCAACUCCUUCUCCCAUUGACGCAGCUCUUCCAUCUCUCUCGAUCUCGAUCUCUUUAUCCAUCUCUCUCGAUCUCUCUCUCCAUCUCUCUCGAUCUGAGCCCUCUCUCCAUCAGCAAGUGUGAGAUGACUUGAUCCAUCUCCGAGUUCUCUCGGUCUCUCAAUCUCCGACCUCGAGCUCUCUCUCCAUCUCGCUCUCUCUCUCUCUCUCAACUCUCUUCCCCGACACAAACCCUUCUCAAGCUCUCUCUCUCUCUCUCCAUCUCUCUUCUCCGACGGAAACCCUUCUCCAGAGCUCUCUCUCUCUUCUCCGACGCUCUCUCUCUUCUCCGAGGUAUAUUGCAGAUUCAAGCUCUGCUUGAUACUUAUGUUCUAACGCUUCCUCUUUGGUCCGAGUCUGAUGAAUGUGUUGUGUUGCAGAUUCAAGCUCAGUUGAAACCCAUCUCCAGAGCUCUCUCUCUCAGUCUCGGACAUCUCGAAGCUCUCUCUCUCGAUCUACUCAUCUCGAAGCUCUCCCUAGCAUCUCCCAAGCUUCGUCUGUCUCUCACUCUCUCGUCGCAGGCUCUCACAAGCUCUCUGUCUCGAGCUCUUCUCCGAGGUGUUCACUUCCAUCACUCUCUCCAAGCUCAGACCCUCUUUAGUAAGACUGUCCCUGUUCCUCUCCAGCUUGCUCAGACUGUCCCUGUUCCUCUCCAGCUCUCUCUCUUGCUCUGUCAUCUCAAGCUCACUCUCUACCGCUGUUCCUCACUUUUUAAGAUGG